AUGUUUGACUCGCACAACGAACAGCUAACUUGUGCCUUGGAUCUUUUACGGCGGAUGCCUCCGCAAAAAUUCGAACAUGUUCUUCAGUGUGUCCUGGAUGUUUGUCCGCAGAUCUCCGAAUCUGUUCUUAGCUCUGUUGACCAACCAAUGAAGAUUAAGCAGGACACAAAAGCUGGUCGUGAUUAUCUCUUAUCUGAUUUUAAUCGCGAUGGAGAUUCAUUCCGCUCACCCUGGACGAAUGUUUAUGAUCCACCUCUUGAGGACGGUGUACUACCCUCAGAACGUUUACGUGUUCUUGAGAUCGACGCUAAUAACGCUUUUGACCAGUAUCGUGGAAUGUACUUUGAGGGCGGCAUUUCGUCUGUUUAUUGCUGGGACCUUGAUCAGGGUUUCGCCAUGGCUAUUUUAAUUAAAAAAACUGGCAAUGCCGCUUCCUCCAGUGGCUGUUGGGAUUCUGUCCACGUUGUCGAGGUUCAGGAGCGUCCAACCGCGAAGUCGGCGCAUUACAAAUUGACAAGCACGGUUAUCAUGUGGAUAGAAACGAACACGGCCAAGUGUGGAGCUUCUACCUUGAGUGGGCACCUCAGUCGCAUGGUUGAACGUGAGGCCCCUCUUGUCGAUCAAAAACAACACAUCAUCAACAUUGGUUCCAUGGUUGAAACCCACGAGAAUCAAAUGAGGUCUACCUUGAACGACGUGUACUUCAGUUCCUCGAAGUCGAUAAUCGAUUCGAUGCGCACCUACUGGACCGCAGAGGAGGAGCAGCUGCGGCGGCAGGUGGCACAGAGCAUGAACCAGGCCAUGCAGCAGAAGAACCAGUAA